CUGAAUUUUCAUUCAGUUCUUUUUUAAAUAUCAAGCUAGUAAACCUGUAUUUCAAUUUUUCAGUCUCCACACCACGACAUCAUAUUCGACGUGGAAUGGUAUUAACUUCUCCUACCGGUCAAAUUGAGACAUGGCAUCUAAAGCAUUAUGAUGCUGAGAAAGGAUGGACUGGAAUAGAGCUCGGGCCAUUAUAUGAUAAAAUGAUGGAGUUAAGGGGUCAACAUCCUCCAGAAGAACUGUCUGAUAAAGAGAUUAUGGAGGGUGUACUUGGACGUGAUUCGGUAUACUUGCGAGGGUGGGGGCGGUCUCCUAGUGUCACAACUUCUACUUCACAUCGUGAAAAUAUUAUGGGUAAUCAACCAACUUAUGAAGAGUUACUUGAACGACUUAAUGAUACAACUUCCCGCCUUAAUGCUACUAACGAACAACUUAGUAACAUUUACAAAUAA